GUGGUGCAGAUUCGAUUCCAAGUAGGAGCACACCUCGUGGAGCAAAUUGAGUCCGAGCUUGAAGUUCUUGGAGUUGUGAUGGCGAGGAAUCGUACAUCGGUAAGUGGUGGUCAGGAUCCUAUUCCUGCGCCUGCUUUUGGGAACACUAUCCGAGGUAGAGGUAGGGGACGAGCUCGAGGUCGGGGUAGGGGCCGUAUUGCAGCACCUGUGGAUGGUCAAGUACCAAUAGCUACCCAGGGUCGUGAUAGGACCGUACCUCCUGAUGCAGAGGUUAUUCAUGGGGAUGUGCAAGAUCGUAUCGAGGGGGAUGGGCCAGCACAGGCUCCACCCAGCACUAUUGUCACCCCAGUACUACAAGAUACCUUGGCUCGUAUGUUAGGAAUCCUAAAGGGGAUGGCUCAGGCAGGAACUUUGCCUGUCACUUCUGAUUGCUCACAGACCCGUGUUGGAGGUCAAACUCCAGAUCCGAUAGUUGCUCCAGAUUCUCAGACUCCCAGGACUCAUCCAGCUGCCGCUGUAGCUCCUCGUUUGGAUAGUAUGGAGUUCCCAGAUAUGACAUCACAUUUGGUGAACAGGCCUUCUAUGACUAUUGAUGAGCAAAAGAUGUUUGGGAGGUUCAGACUAAUGAAUCCUCCUACUUAUACUGGUGACUUAGCUGAGGAUGCAUAUGAAUUUAUAGUUAGUUGUCAUGAGAGGUUGCAUAAUCUUGGAUUAGUGGAGUCUCAUGGAGUUGACUACACUGCGUUUCAGAUGACUGGCUCUGCUAAGCAGUGGUGGAGGGAUUAUAUUAGUAGUAGGCCAGCUGGAUCUCAUCCACUAUCCUGGACUGAGUUUACUCAGGUAUUUCUAUCCAAAUUUGUUCCACGCAGUGAGAGGGAGCGCAAGAGGGCCGAGUUUGAGGGUUUGCAGCAAAAUAGUAUGUCAGUUGCAGAGUAUGAGGGUAAAUUUCAUGCCUUGGGUAGGCAUGCUUCGAUGAUACUUCCCACAGAGGCUGAGAGAGUGAGAAGGUUUGUUAAGGGGCUCAUUAUUCCGAUCCGUCUAGGAGUUUCUCAGGUUGCUGCUUCUGGUGUUCCAUUCCAGAAAGUGGUAGAUGCUGCUAAGGAGUUGGAGAUGAUUCGGCGUGAGGGAUUUGAGCAGCGAGAGGGCAAGAGGACUCGUUAUUCAGGUGAUUAUGGUGGUGCUCCACCGAGGAGUCAGGGUUACUUGGGCAGAGGUUAUCACCCUCAGUCCAGCAGACCCAUUCAUGCUGCUAUACCAGCGUCUGAGGAUGGUUACGCUGGGCAUAACUCUUCGAGCUCGGUGCAUACUUCGCAGGGUUCAUCUUCUAGGCCUAUAGUUCGUGGAGGGCAUUCUGGUCAUUCAGUGUCCCCUCAUCAGCCUGCGUCUCGUUGGGGCUAUUUUGAGGGUGGUGAUAUGGGACACUUUGUGAGAGACUGCCCUAGGACCAGACGUGGUGGCUUACAUCAGGGUUCUCAAGCUUCGACUUCCAGGGCUGCACAACCUCCAGCUAGGGGUGGUGCACAGAAUGUAGAGGUGGUUCUCAUUCAGGUAGAGGUGGUUCUCCUUCUGGUCGAGGUGGUGGUCAUGGAGGUUCACAAUAUGAUGGAGGUCGUUCUCACUGUUAUGCUUUUCCAGGUAGGCCAGAGGCUGAGGCUUCAGAUGCUGUUAUCACAUGUAUUAUUCCGGUUUGUCAUCGAUCAGCUACUGUAUUAUUUGAUCCAGGCUCUACUUAUUCUUAUGUGUCCACAUAUUUUGCUCCUAGUCUAG